CAUUACUUCAUACGCCCUUUCGUCACUCCUCGCCGUGCUUCAUUCUGCUCCUAUCUGACUCUUUGUAGCGCUACCGCUCUCAUCAAAGGUGACGGUGACCCCUCGGCUGCUUCACGUUCAAACUCACUCCAGGUCAUCCGCACGGCUCCAAGACAAGAUGGCAGUGAACAUGGAGCAAUCGGCCAUCUACCCGAGUCUGCGGGGCAAGACGGUGCUCAUCACGGGCGGCGCCGAGGGCAUCGGCGCCGCAGCGGUCGAGCUCUUCUGCAGGCAAGGCUCCAACGUCGUCUUCCUCGACAUUGCCGAGUCUUCUGCCCAGGCGCUCUGCGACAGCAUCAAGGCCGUUGAAGGCGCGACGCCACCCGUCUUCAUGCGCUGCGACGCCGCCAACCUCGACGAGCUCCGAGCCUGCGCCACCAAGACGCUCGAGCGGUUCGGACGCGUGCACGUCCUCAUCAACAACGUCGGCGCCGCCGGCCCCAAGACGCGCGUGCCCACGUCCGAGGUAACCCCCGAGUCGUUCGAGGCCGACGUCAACGUGAACCUGCGCCACCAGUUCUUCCUGACGCAGGCCAUUGUGCCGUCGAUGCGGGAGCACGGCGGCGGCGGGAGCAUCAUCAACAUGGGGUCCAUCACGUGGAGGCUGCCGGCGACGGGCCUGCCCAUCUACACGACCAUGAAGGCGGCCGUCAUGGGCAUGACGAGGACGCACGCGCGCGAGUUUGGCGAGUGGGGGAUCCGCGUCAACAGCAUCAUGCCCGGCGCCAUCGCGACGCAGCGCCAGAUCGACACCGUCUUGACGCCCGAGUACGAGGCGGAGACGAUGGCGGGGCAGUGUCUCAAGAGGCGGCUUCUGCCGGUGGAGGUGGCGAGGCUGAUGCUCUUCUUGGCCUCGGACGAUUCGAGCGCCAUCACGGGCGGCAGCCACGUCGUUGACGGAGGGUGGUGUGGCGACACGUAAGCGUCCUCGUGCAUCCAGCAGAGCUUGUACGAGAGGGAGUUUAUGGGCCCCGAGUCCAAUGUGAGUUUAGUAGUUGUGGAUUAAGCGUUCUCCCACUUGGAGGUGGUGGUCAUAUCGACCAACUCAUCGUGAUAGAGUUUUGGGACGAUGUGCUCUGCGUACAUGUAUUGCUUCAAUCCAACCUCCCUCUCCGGGGCGCAGGAAGAACUAGGCUUGAUGUACUCUCAGUACUCUGAGUACCAACCGCCAUCCUUCCAAUCGACAGUCCCUUAUCUUGCAC